GUACAAAGUAUAUUUUUGGGAAAAAAUUUACACAAUUUUUUUUACCUUAAUAAUUUAAACAAAAUUGAAAUUUGAAGUGCCCCUCUCAAGCUACGCCCCUGGCGGGCUAGGCUUGGCUGCUCACUUGGUCAAUCUAGUGCGGGGGCCGGGGCCGGUGGGUUCGGAGGCGGAAGUAAAAACUUGUCGGGUUAAUAAGACCCGGCGGAAACCAUUCUAAUCUCAUUUUUUAUAGGUCACAAACUUCCAAAGGGGACAAUGCCUUCGUUAAAAAAUGACGUUUUGCACAACGAACAGCCAAAGUCUCCAAACCUGAAAAUCAAACCAGAAUAUACCCGACUCUUCAUUUCCUAGGAUUAAAGCCUGCUAAUUCGUGAUUGAAAUCAAAAAGGAAAAAAACACCCGUCCAAUAGCAAUAUCUGUCUGGAAAAUCAAAUUUGAAUGACCAUAGUAAUAUACGGAGUAGGUGUCCAUGCCAAGUGCGCCAAACUCCAAGAGCUAUCCAUCCCAGCUAUCUUUCCAUGCUGCUGAAAUCUGCAACGACACCACUCAGAGCUACAAGCAAGAGCAGAGCUGCAGAACAGAGCUGCUUAGGGAGUGUUUGCAACUGCUUCUGCUUAAAAAAAGUACUUUUGGAGAAGUAAUGAAAAAGUGAUUGAUAGUAAAAGUUGAUAGUGUUUGAGAAAAAAGUGAUUUUGAAAAGUAAAAGUUGGUAGUGUUUGGUAAAAUAAGUGCUUUUUGUGUAAUAGAAAAGGGAAAAGCACUUUUCACACGCAAGCCGAGAAAAAGUAAAAAUUGGUAGUGUUUGGUAAAUAAGUGCUUUUUAAAGCCAAAAGCUGAGAAGUGCUUUUUUUUAAGCAGUUGCAAACACUCCCUUAGCACUCCUCCAACUCUGCAAUUCCCUUCCCAAACUCUCUCAAUUGUACACCCACAUCCUCAAGCUAGGCCUUCGGUCUAACCCUCUUGUCCUCACCAAAUUUGCCUCAGUUUCCUCUGACCUUGGCGCCAUAAACUGCGCUUCAGCCUUCAUCUUCAGCCCAGAUACGGAAUCCCAUAUCUUCGAUACCUUUCUUUUCAACACUGUGAUCAGAGGCUUCGCUCAAACCCGUGGCUCUACUCACAAUGCUGUGCUAUACUACCAGAAAAUGCGUAAUCUUGAAGUUCCGCCUAAUAAGUUUACCUUCCCGUUUGUUCUUAAGGCCUGCGCGGGCAUUGGGGACUUGAAGCUUGGCGAAUCGGUUCAUGGGUUACUGGUGAAGUUUGGGUUUGAUGAUGAUAGGAAUGUUCUGAACACUAUGGUUCACAUGUACUGUUGCUGUGGUAGUGGGAUUGAGUACGGCCGCAAGGUGUUUGAUGAAAUGAAUGACUGGGACUCGGUUGGUUGGAGUGCGAUGAUAGGUGGGUAUUCACGCUGGGGUAUGUGCAGCGAGGCAAUUGGCUUAUUCAGGAAGAUGCAAAUGGCAGGGGUGAAGCCUGAUGAGAUCACAAUGGUCUCUGUCUUGUCCGCAUGCAGGGAAUUGGGAGCUCUUGAGCUCGGGAAGUGGCUCGAGGAGUAUAUAGAGAGGGAAAAACUUCAGAAAAGCACUGAGCUUUGCAAUGCUCUCAUUGAUAUGUUUGCAAAGUGCGGGGAUGUUGAUAAGUCGUUGAGUUUGUUUUCUCGAAUGGGCAAGAAGAACGUCGUGUCCUGGACAUCUGUGAUAGACGGAUUGGCAAUGCAUGGUCGGGGCUCUGAGGCAGUUUCAUUGUUUGAAAAGAUGAGAAGUACUGGAAUCACACCAGAUGGAGUUUCUUUCACUGGGUUGCUUACUGCUUGUAGCCAUUCAGGAUUGGUUGAAGAUGGUAGGAAGUAUUUUACCGCAAUGACAAAGGAAUUCGGCAUAACCCCCAAAAUAGAACACUAUGGAUGCAUGGUUGAUCUCUUCUGCCGGGGUGGGCUUGUUAAGGAAGCAUUACGAUUUGUUGAGAGAAUGCCCAUUGAGCCGAACGCGGUCAUUUUGCGCACCUUAGUUGCUGCUUGCCGUUCUCACGGGGAGCUAAAACUCGGAGAACAGAUAACCAGAGAGUUGAUCAAAGAUGAACCAAUGGAGAACUCAAAUUAUGUACUCCUCUCCAAUAUUUACGCGAAAAUGAUGAACUGGGAGAAGAAAACCAUGGUUAGAGAGGAGAUGUUGAAGAAGGGAGUGAAUAAGACUCCAGGGAGCACGAUGCUUGAGCUUGGCACUGAAAUAUAUGAAUUUGUUGCUGGAGAUAAAAGCCAUAGUAAGUAUGAAGAGAUUUAUGAGAUGCUGGAUGAUAUGGGAAAACAAAUCAAGAAGGCUGGGUAUGUAGCAUCAACAUUAGAAGUGCUGCUUGAUAUUGAUGAAGAAGAUAAGGAGGAUGCUUUGAAUAGGCAUAGUGAAAAACUGGCUAUUGCUUUUGCGCUGUUGAAGACUCCGCCUCUAACUCCCAUACGCAUUGUGAAGAACUUGCGUGUUUGUGAGGAUUGUCAUUCAGCCACUAAGUUCAUUUCUUUGGUUUAUAAGCGUGAAAUUUUGGUGCGGGACAGGAACCGUUUUCACCAUUUCAGAGAGGGCAAAUGUUCCUGUAAAGACUUCUGGUAGCCUGGUAGGUAAUGCAGUGUUUAUACAAGAUUGCAGUGCACAGGUCCAGAUAUUUAUACGUAAAACUCAAACACUUGAGAAUUUUUGUUUUAUAUUUUUGGAGAACACUAAACUAAUUUAUAGUUCAUGGGUCAUCGUGAAAUAGUCUCUCUGUACUUUGGCACAGGGGUAAGGUUGCAUACAUCCGACCCCCCCCCCUUACCCCACCGUAGUGAGGCAUUUGCGGCAGUGGGGUAAUGUCGUCGUUGUUGUUGUACUAAACUAAUUUAUAGUAUCUGUUGAGUGAUACUCUCAACCUUGAUUUUGAUGGGGUUUGAACAUCUGACAUCGGCUUUGUAAGAUAACAUUGAUGUUAUUCGACCAGAAGGGGCUUGACAAUAGUUGCUUUAUUUUUAUUUUUUAAAGCUUAAUGUUUUUUUGGGUUUUUAUUCUUGCUGGGUUUAAGACAGAUUCUUGGUCUCUUUUCUUUGGUGUAAUAGUCAUGGUGUGAUUGGAAAAUUUUCAAGUGAAUAUCACUUUCCUUUCUACCAAUUUAAAAUGUAAAAAGAGGGCAAUUCCAUUCAAAUCUGGUUGGUGUCUGCUUCUCCCCAACGUCUGAGAAUCUGGUCACCUAUUAACUGCGGCCUCAUUGCUGGUUGAGUUUGUUUCUCAAACAGACCUUGCAGGCGCUGGUUCUGAUGUGCACAUGUCUCUUUCUUACUUGAAGAAGAUGAUACAGGAUAACAUGGUUCUCAUGCUCUGGUGUUGUUGACAUGAGGCAGUUCUCUCUAGAUUUUCAGUGAGGCAGAAUGUUUUGCAGCUAGUAGUGAGGGCUGAGAAUUGUGAUGGAACCAUUUCUAUCCGUUGGAGCUACGCACAGGCCCUUAUGGUAAUAUGGUUGUUACUGUGGCCUAUCACUCGGCUCUAUGCCUCUAUCCUAAGAAGGCUAAGGCAACUACUGUUACUUAAUUGAGUUUAAGAAAUAAUUAAAUAUUUAUGACUAAAAUAAAUGUUCUUUACAAAAAUGGGAUCUCUUAAGUGUAGUGAUUACAAUAGUAACUUGAAUCAUAGUUACUUAUGCUCAAUGUUUAUACUUAAAUAACCAUCUUAGUAUACUCAUAGUAACUUUUGUUAUAGUUUUACAAAUCAGUAAUAUUUUUCUUAAAACCUCUAAAUUUUGGGAUUGCUAAACAAAUCACCUACAUGUUGAAGCCUUAACUGCUCGAGUGACUUGAGUGAUAAUAAUAAUUGCUAAAAAUGAUAGUAACAACAACAAUAAUAAUAAUCAUAAUCAUAAUCUUAUCUUAAAAACUUAUAAUUGUCAAUGAAGGUAAGGGUAUCUUAGGGAUGAAAAAAAUGUUGGUGUAAUCAUUUGCCUUUAUUAGGUGGUACAGUGUGUUUUAGGAUGUGUACUCUCUCAACGGGAUUUAUUUUUCCGUUUAAUAGACUCCCGUCUAAUCUAACGUCUGUUAUAUAGCUUCUACGACAUCUGCUUGUUUCGUCUCUGAGCUGCCACAAUGCCACUCGCCCUGGUAUCACGCUUGUUUUCUACCACACACUAACGAUUUCCAAUACCGACACAUAGCAACGCCGAACCUACCCAAAAGCACCGAGCACCGAGCCAACUAACGGUGCACACCCUUGGUCCCCACCAUCACCACCAACAUGAAGACGAGGUCAUGAAACGUUCGCCGGAAAAUGGCCAUGACAUGAACUCCGAAAAUUUCAACCAUAGGAGCCGUGACAGCGGAGAAAGGCGGAGGAGGCGGAGGGGCACGACCAUGAAAAGAAGGAAAGCUAUAUCCAGAAGCAAUUCCGCAAAAUGUUGAAUCAAUGCUUCUGAAUUUGAAAGAAGAAUGCCAAUUUCUUCUUUGCUUCAUCGGUGCGCAUCAAUUUUUGGAUUUGAAUUAAUCUUCAUUUUAUGUUGCUUGUUCAUACAAGUAGUUUGUAAAUAAAAAAUCGCAUCCGUGUGUGAUGUAGAUGAUAGAAGAAGAAAUUGACAAAUGUAUAUAUACACUCCGCAUUUAGGAGCCAGCCAUGGAAAUAAUAAUGCACACUAUAAAGUACUCCCUCUGUCCCAAUUUGUUCUGCAAAAUCAAUAUUUUUUGGUCAACUAAAAAUAAAAGUCAACCCUUCUUAUGCAUAAUUAAUUUAAUUUUUAAUAAAUAAAAUUUACAUAUUCAUAAACUACAUCAAAAUCUCUUUAAAGUUGUAAACUCCAAAUUAGAAUAUAAUUAAAAAUUGGCAUCCUAAUUAAGUGAACAAAACGCAACUGUUUGACCAAGAAAAAUCAAAUUUGCAAAUCAAUUCGGGACGGAGGUAGUAUAAACUUUUCCCAUGUAAACAAAAAAAAUAAUGCAGGUUAUAGGGGGUGUUUGGAUCUG